UGGCGGAGUCACAAUCUCUGUUUCAGAAGACGGUGGUCAACGCGAAGUCUUCAGUCAAACGGUUUACAGACGCUUCGAGGGAGGCAGACUUUGUAAAAUAUUUUAAUUCCUCUGAACGACUCCGAAGAAACUAUUUUUGACACAAAGUGACCAGGUUAAUAAGAGACACCUUUUACACGACAGACUACCGAAUUUGCGUUUUCGCUCGCAAGUUUUUACGACCUUGUUUUGUUUUUUUUAGCAAAAAACUACUUUUUAAUUACGCUGUUUAUUGUAUUGGGAACAGUUUCGUGGGGAACCAGCUCCUCUUGGCUUUAAUUCCUGACACUGAGCAUCUGAGAGGCGUGCAGCAGACUUCAGGUGCAGCGCAAAAUCCCCCGAAAGGAGAAGGCAGGAAAAGUCCUCAAGUUGUUGCUGAUGGAGACCCGACCGGCAGAUCUUCUGAAGUCUGUGUUUCUCUUGAUUGCCCUCCUCUGCUCUGCCUCCAGUCAAAAUGACCUAGACUUUGCGUUUUGCGGCACCUGGCGUCAUGGCAGGAACUCUCUGCGCCUUAACAUCCACCUCUCUACUGGCUGUGACGGGAUCUCCAUUUCAGCCAAUGAGAGCACACUAUCCAUCAACGGGAAAGUCACCGCCUGGUGUAUGAGGUCUGAGGUGAUUGAUCUCAGCAAAUUUGGCCUUAGUUCAGAAGAGGACAGUAACUUCUGUCUGUACUGGGAGCCGCUGAUGGACCAUUUGAAACUGCAGGUAAGAGGGAAGAAUCUCACUCUUUGCUGGCCUGCAAGCCGGAAGGACACCUGCUGCACUGACCUGACCAACGGUGCCAAUGCACCAGAAGCAAAGUAUGGCAUCGCCAAUGGAGCAAUGAAUUAUGUAAACAAGCAGACCGAUUCUUCCUCAGCAACCAAUAUCACUGUCCAGACUGGGAUGAGGCCUCCCUGCGCCCGCAGAUUUGAGUCAGUGUUGAAGAGUGUAACAGGCAGCAACAUCACAUCACCAGCCACUUCGCCCGUAUCCUCAGAGCCCGCCAUUACUGUCCUGAUUCCUCAUGCUGUGAACCAUUUGACAAAAGUUACAAACAAAGUGGUCAUCACGUUCUUCAACAGGAACCCUAUAUUCCAGGAGGGGCACAAGGAGGCCAAGCUUCUGAACGAUGUGGUGGAAAUAUCAGUGGAGAAUGAAGUCAUCGUUGGUCUGAAGGAGCCAAUAAAGAUUGGCUUUAACCACGAUGUCAUACCUAAAAAGCAUUCGAGGAAAUGUGUUUCAUGGGACACUCGGAAAGAUUCUCUGCUGAUGAAGUGGUCGGCGGAUGGAUGCGAGACAGUUGUGAGAGGGGAUAAACACACAGAGUGCCAGUGCAACCAUCUGACAUACUUCACUGUGCUGGUGGAAAUGGAGCCUCGACCAGUGCGCCAUCUGCUGGCGCUCACUGCCAUUACAUCAGUAGGCUGCGCCGUGUCCUUCAUUAGCUGUGUGGCUAUCAUUGUUCAUCUUUGUAGGAAAAGUAGACGGUCAAAGGAGCUGUCCAUUCCCAUCCACCUGGGCCUAGCCAUAUCUCUGGCUUUACUCAGUCUGCUUUUCUUCUUCACGGGGAUCCUGGCCAAUGUGGGAGGGGAAGAUGUUUGCAGCUGCGUGGGGGGGAUGCUCCACUACGCGCUGCUCAGCUCAUUCACCUGGAUGGGCAUAGAAACCUUCCACACCUUCUGGUUGGUCUACAUGGUCUUCAGCCCCUCACCGAAGCCCUACGUUUGGAACCUGGUCGGCUUCGUUCUUCCCGUUGUUCCUGUUGGGAUUCUGUUUGCAGUGGGGAAUAUUUAUGGUCAGAGAGAGGUCGUGCCAAGCGAUGAUGUCUCCAACCCUUACCUGAUGUGCUGGAUGAAAAUCAACGGUGAGGCCUUGCUGGCUCACUACUUCACGAAUAUGACGGCCCUGGUCAUCUUGGUGUUAUCGGGGCUCGUGAUGCUGGUCCUCGUCUUCCGGAAGAUCCGCACCAGGGAUGAAUGGAAUCAGAACCGCGUGGCGUUCCUCAGCAUCUGGGGCCUCAGCUGCCUCUUCGGCACAGCCUGGGGUCUGGCCUUAUUGAACUUCGAACCACUGUCAGAUGUCAUUCACUUCCUCUUCUGCAUCCUAAAUUCCUUUCAAGGCUUCUUCCUGAUGCUGAGGUUCUGCAUGUUGGACUGGAUGCGGAAGCAGGCGAGCGGCUCGGUUCUGGGCAGCACCAGCUCCGGAUCCACAAGGCAACACAUGCUGCAGUCCCAGGAGAAGAGUUAACGGGGCCGCAGGAAGGCAUGGUGUGGAACCCAGCAGGCUUUUUGAUGUGAAAGAUCCACUUCUGCCUGGGUUGCUGUAGAUUCCCUCUUUGCUUAUACCAACUUUGGGUGUGCUGAACGUUGGUCCUACUCCACAGACCAGCUGGACACACGCACACUGUCUGUUUGAGGCCUCUGUCUACAGCUUCAGGCAGAGGAUUCACCUUUUGAGCUAAUGAUGAUGGGAUAAUGGUCAGUAUUUCCUACUUUCUUCAUAAAUUCUAUCAGCAACAACUUCUAAAAGACUGUUUAUGUACAAACUGAACUUAGUUAUUUAAACCUCCGUGUAUGGUUCAUAGCUGUAAGGUGUUGUUGUAGAAAUUGUGUGAGGUGAAAAGUGCUCAGUUAAAGCGGCAGGUUUCGCAUUUGGGUGAAAGUUGACUAAACGCAAUUCCAGUCAGGUUUUCCUGGAAGUAUUUUAGCCCAGGAGCAGAACGACAUCCACAGGUAUGCACACAAACGGGUCUGAGAAAAUGAGAACGUGUGCACCUCCUCAGCACUGUUGUUGGAGCAGCUUAAACUGAAGUGCGAAGGUGGAAGGAGGCUGUAAAAGGUUUUCGUUUCUUCUACUUAGCUUCUUUAAUUAAUCAUCGGUGGCGUACACACGCAGAGCUGUGUGUGACAGGGGUUACUUUGGUAUUUCAGACAUUUCAGAGUAAGGUCUGACCUGCUCUGUUUGGAAAGCGCUGUGAGAUAACUGUUGUUGUGAUGUGGCGCUAUAUAAAUAAAGUUGAAUCUAAUUUAAUUUGAAAA